AUGGCCUUCAACCGUAUCGCUGUCUAUGGUCACCGUGGAUUCGUUGGCUCUCGAGUUGUCCCUGCUCUGAUUGCCUCGGGAGCUCCCAUCACUGUUUUACAUCGCCCUACAUCGGAUACUUCCAAUCUCCCAGAACAUGUGAAAAAGAUUGAAGUCGACGUUUUUGAUGAAGACGCUUUGGUUGAUGCCUUGCAAGACAUAGACAUUGUGAUUUCUCUUGUUGGAGACGAGGGAACCGACAGACAGUAUGGCUUUGUGAAAGCCAUCCCUAGGACUAAUGUCCAGCUUUUCUCCCCUUCGGAUUUCUGUCUGCGGUAUUGUGAGCAGGGAAUGCGCAUGCCCUGUAUGAAGGCAAAGGCGAAAGUCGAAAAGGCUUCUAAGGAUGCUGGAAUUCCAACUACCGUCGUCCACGUGGGAAAUUUCGCUGAGUUCACCUUGAGUACACCGGCAGUGGGUGUUGAUUUGCAGAAUAACGUGUUAGUCUACACCGGCAACUCUGCUAGCGAAAGAGUCACUAUGUGCACCAAGGACUACGUAGCAGCUGCAUACGUGGACAUAUUCACAACCAGACCUAUCCACACUAUCCAGAACCGGACUAUCACCUUGUCUGAGCUUGCACCAACAGGCAUGGAACUCGCUGCGAUCAUGAAAGAGAAGAACGGCAGGGACCCCUCUAUUGCGACACGAAGCUUAGAGGAAGUCAAUCGAAAAAUUGAGGAUUGUCUCAGCAAGGAGAGUAAUCUCGCUGUCCCGGUCUAUUGCCGCAAAAUGUGGGGAACGGGAGAAAUGAUGAAGAUGCUUCCCGAUGAUUUAUGGGAAGUUGAGGGCUACAGGAAAGCAAGUUUAGAGGACCUUGUCAUAGGAGGAAGAUUGGACAGCUAUAGAGUCUUACCCGAUCGUGUACUGGAGUACCUAAAGAUGCUCUGA